AGGCAACUAGGUUACAUAGCGUAGUCUGCACAUUCAAAGCCAUAUAGCGUCGACUGAAGUUGUCAAUCUCCAAACAUCUGCAUAUCUCUUCCCACGUGGUCCACGGUGCAGGAGCGCAUUUUUAGAAAGAGGACAUUUUACUGUUUCUGUAUUGCCUGAUUCCCCAUCUUAUCCAUUCUCUCUAACGGAGAAACAUUCUGGUCUUGAGGACGCGACUUAUUUCUCCAUUGCUCAUCCUGAUUGUUCCCAUCUGGGUAUCCGAUACAAGCAGCGCGCAACGCGCUCGACGUUUCAGCCUCUUGUUCCACCGCUAAUUUAGGACACAGUUUGAACCCCUUUCGGUGUUGGGGUGAGUUUAAUGUCUAUCAGCCCACUACGAAGUCUGUCAGUUUAGUAACUUAAUUCGCAAAUUUAAUUGCUCGAUAAAUUAAUCUACACCAUUUUUUUCUAACUGGGAUUUAAAGUUAUGUCUUCAACUGGAGAUAAGCCUAACGGGGAGAGCAAGGCAGCGCUCCGUCCAUGUGCGCCCCGGUCCAUUCUCCUGCGUUGUCUGGUAGGGUUCCCUACCGUGGUGUGUUUCAUGUUAUCGGUGAGCUCCAUAGCCGUCAGCCUGCUCAUGAGCUUCAAGACUUACCAACUGGAGAACCGACUGCAUGCGCUGGAGAUGGAGAAAAAUACAGUGUUCAACCCGCCUGAGAGCGCUUUCAUGCGCGAGGAUGGGACUGUAGUACCAGCGCUGAGGAGUUCUUUUGAGACGCUUCUACAAGAGCGACUGAGUCAAGUGAUACCAAAGCUGCGCACGGCCAGGGAUAUCAACCAAGAUUGUACUUGCCCACCAGGCCCUCCUGGAAAGCGUGGAAGAAUGGGAAGAAGAGGAGAUCCCGGAUCUCCAGGUCCACUCGGCAUGGACGGCAAACCAGGUCUCCCUGGUCCUAAAGGAAGUCAGGGCCUAGCAGGACCAAAGGGAGAUAAGGGUGACCAGGGAGACACAGGGCCCAGGAUGGUCUUUCCCCGCUAUGAUCAUGGCUUUAUGUCUGGAGACCAGUCCAACUUUCAGAGACGCUUGAUGAAGGGCGACCAGGGUUCCGCUGGCCCCCCUGGACCCCCAGGGUCACCUGGACCCAGAGGCCCCCCUGGGAACACAGGCAAAGACGGGCCCCGCGGCCCCGCGGGAGAACAGGGUUUCCCUGGUCGUGAUGGGAUUGAGGGUCAACCAGGUUCACCUGGAAAGCCGGGUGAAGAUGGUGAACCCGGAUACCCAGGACCACAGGGACCCUCAGGGUCAAAGGGGGAGGCAGGUUUCACAGGGGAGAAAGGGGAGAGGGGCAUGGAUGGACUACCUGGGUUGAAGGGAGACAAAGGAGACACUGGAGAACAAGGAGCCCAUGGAGAGACGGGUGCUCCUGGAGACAGGGGGGUUCCCGGCUCCACGGAGGUCAUCGACUUCAAUGGGAAACUACUGGAAGCGCUCCAGGCCAUCCAGUCCAUCAGCGUCAGGGGCCCACCAGGUUUACCAGGGCCCCCAGGACCCCCAGGUGGAAAGGGAGAGCUGGGCUUGCCUGGGACUUCUGGACUUGAUGGAGAGAAGGGUUCAAAGGGCGACGUAGGGGAGGCGGGGCCUGUGGGAGAGAAGGGUGAUAAAGGCGAGAUGGGCCUCUCCGGACCAGCAGGCAUCGACGGACAGAAGGGAGAGAAGGGAGACUCCAGGUUCGAGGAUAACCUGGUCCAGAUGAUUUCCCAGCCAGGCCCUCCCGGCCCCCCAGGACCUCCCGGGCCUCAAGGCUACAUGGGUCACCAUGGAGUCCCUGGCCUUAAGGGGGAGCCUGGAGACACUGUAAAAGGGGAGAAAGGGGACGUUGGACCUGAUGGACUGAGAGGUAUGGAUGGUCCUCAGGGGCCUCCCGGCCCCGCUGGGUUAGUGGGUCUCCCAGGAACCAAAGGAGAGAAGGGCAAAUCUGGAGAGCCUGGAAUGGAUGGUUUCCCAGGACUGUCUGGAGACAAGGGUGACCGGGGAGACAAAGGAGAGAAGGGAGACCGGGGGACAGUGGGGAAGAGAGGUCUAAAGGGCGGGAAAGGAGAGCAGGGUCCUCCCGGGUUGGACCAGCCAUGUCCUGUGGGUUCUAAUGGGACUAAAGGGCUUUCUGGGGCAAGAUGGACUCCCCAUACCAGGCUGUUGGCACAAGGAGUCAGAGGAGAGGAGAAGAGAAAAGCUCAAACGCAAGCGCCUGGCUUUCUCCCAGCCCUAAGGGGGUGCAAGCCUGGAGGACGAAGUGAAGAUGACCAGGGGAGACAUGGGAGCACAGAGGACGUACAGCCUCAGCCGAAAGGGGUGGAACAGUCGCACAGCGCCAUUUGGUUCCAUUAACCAAACUGAGAUCCUGCAACGGAAUGGAAAGACACCGGGAGGGAACAACACAGAACACUGUUUUUAUAAUAGUGUAUGAUUUAAUUUGUUGCUUUUCUUUCUCCAGUGUUUCCAUUUAAUAAAGUGCAUGAUUAGCACAAGUCACAGCAUUAAAUAUCAUCCCGAUUCAUGAGACAUACUAGCACACUAAGGCUAUAACUUACAGAUGGAAUGACUUUGCUAACAGCAAUCUUUUCAAGACUUGGGACGUGAAAACCGUUCAUUCUCACUUUGAAAACGGACAGUGGUGUGCUUUCGGUUGUUCCUCUGUAACGUUGAUAAACUCCCACCUGUUAGAUUACUGGUAUGAUUAUUGAUCUCCUGACCCUACAGUGAUCUACUCCCUCUGUAUUUUUAUGUCACUUUCACCAGAUUAUUUCUUGUACCUAAGCUGUAAAGCUCACUAAGAAACAGAACUUGUGUAGCCAAAUAUGUUAUUGAUUUAUUUCCUGUUUGUUCUGAAGCAUUAAAUAAUAUGUUUUGAUGGUGCAUUGAUCCGUUUUACAAUAUAAAGCCACUAUUUUUACAUUUUUUAACCAAAGUCUGCCUUAAACAGCCUUUCCUUGUAAGAUGACACAAGGCAUCUGAUUAUUUAUGCAGGUGUUGUUUAUGUGUGGCUAACUCUACUGCCCAUGAUGUGUAGUGUGGCAUUUUAUUUUAUUGUAGUUACGUUACAUUUGCAUUCCUGUGCAUGGAAGUGUUUGUAUAAUAUACAGAUGCAUACUGAGUCAAUUAUGUUAAAUCCAAAGUCGGAACUGGAGCCAUUUGCAGUUUUCUUAAAUAUGCAGUAUUACAUCAUGAAGUUGAACAAAUGGUUUGAAUAUGAAGUCAUUUUGUGAUCGUUUGGCCUUUUCUUCAGACAUAAGCCCAUUAAAUAUCACAUCAGUAUUUUACCACAGUAUUCACUGCACAGUAUUGACGUUUUAACACUUAACCUUAGCUGAAAACACAUUUCUAUUCAAUGCUGUUUUUUGAACAACAGUAUGAAUUCUUGCUGCUGACUUAAAAUUAUAUCGUUUUUUUCUUAAUAAGUUUAGUACAAUGAGAUUACAGUUUAGCUGACACACCAUGACAAAAAGCUAAUAAUUGUCAGUUGGUUUAACUAUACAUUCUUGUUUGUUUUUAUACAUUAUCACAUCAUGAAGACAGAUUUUAAUAUUUUGUAUUCCAAUUUAACAUACUUCUUUCUAACUUCAUGGAUUGUCUAUAAGAGAUAUAUCUUUGUGGUGCUUGAUCACACUGUUUUUAUCAACCACACAUAUAUACACAUGCACACACAACUUAAAAUCAAGAGCAUGUGACACAUAUAAGGAGAUUGUGAGUUCCAUUAUAACAGAAAUGCUGGGGAAGUUAAUGAACAGUUGGUUCAUUAUAUGUUACUUAACUAAUUCACAGGUUCCAUUUUAAUUUACGAAGUGUUAUAUUUGCAACUCGGAUGGGGUGAGCAAUCACACUGUAUUUGUUUCCUUUUUCAUUCUCAUUUAGUGUUGGACAUAUACAGCAGUCUGGAUGAUACACUACCUUAAUGGAUGUUUCUCUGCAAUAUUACAUUACUUUAUUUCUUUCGCAUCCAGCUUCAGGUUCUCUUCUUUUUAUAUAUAUAUAUAUCUACUAGUCAUUGGUUACACAAUGUCUGAGUACAGUUUGGUGUGUUUUAAGAAAAUUACACAGUAUUGGAUGGAUUUUAUUGGUUUGUUUAUUUGGUUGUGUAUUUGGUUGUAAAAUAAAUUAAGCUAUUUUUGUAACUGCUAUCUCUAAUCUGGUCAAACUCAACAUAGAGACUGAAAUAAACUCCAUGAAAUGUAUUAAUGCC